GGGCGGCUGCCGAAGAUGGCGGAGGGGCAGGAGAGCCCCGCGACUUUGAGGCUGGUCAGGAAUGGAAUUGCACCUUUCCUACUUCCAGAGGCUCUAACGAAGGUUCUAGUGCUGGAUGGCCGAGGCCAUCUUCUGGGCCGCCUGGCGGCCAUUGUGGCCAAGCAGGUACUGCUGGGCCGGAAGGUGGUGGUUGUGCGCUGUGAGGGCAUCAACAUUUCUGGAAAUUUCUACAGAAACAAGUUAAAGUACCUGGCAUUUCUCCGAAAGCGGAUGAACACCAACCCCUCUCGAGGCCCCUAUCACUUCCGAGCCCCGAGCCGCAUUUUUUGGCGCACUGUGCGAGGCAUGCUGCCCCACAAGACCAAGCGAGGCCAGGCUGCACUGGAACGCCUCAAGGUGUUGGAUGGGAUCCCUCCCCCCUAUGACAAGAAAAAACGGAUGGUGGUCCCUGCCGCCCUCAAGGUUGUGCGGCUGAAGCCUACCAGAAAGUUUGCUUACCUGGGACGGCUGGCUCAUGAGGUCGGGUGGAAGUACCAGGCAGUAACAGCCACUCUGGAGGAGAAACGGAAGGAAAAGGCCAAGAUGCACUACCGGAAGAAGAAGCAGCUCUUGAGGCUGCGGAAACAGGCGGAAAAGAACGUGGAGAAGAAAAUCAGCAAGUUCACAGAGGUCCUCAAGACCAAUGGACUCCUGGUGUGAGCCCAAUAAAGACUAUUUGCUUCA